CUCUUCAGCCAGCGGGGUUCUGCCGGGCGGUCAAGACAAUCAAGUCCACCCACAGCUCGUCCAAUCAGCAGCUCGGAACCGAUAAGGCACUUUUUCCUACCUAAAUUUCUUGAGCACAAUCGAUCCAUAUUGAUCCCUCUUCUAUCAUCGGCCAGGAAGUAAUCGGACUCUACCGUUAUCAUGUCCUCAGAUUCGACUACUCAGGCCGCUUCCCCAGCCGAAGGCUUAAACCCAUCUCACACAUACGUCCCCAACAAGGGCUAUGCCAACGAAGACGGCGCCGUCCCCGCUAUGGCGGGGCAAGACCUAACACCUGAAGACGAAGAUUACGAAGGCGAUGAAUACUAUGAUGAUAUCUUCGAGGAGGAGCUAGAUGAAGGAGACUUCAACUCUUCAAACCCUGCAGACCUCACAAAAGCCUACAAUCGUCAAAGGAGAGUCAACGAGCUCGCGGCCGAUCCGAACGCCCCAAAGUGGACAUAUCCCAAAACGAACACACAAAAGCCUACCGUCAACACGUAUGCAUCCGUCGAUGAUGAGAUAAAAUCUCUGACUCGACAUGCCGCUAAAAUCAAGCUUGACAAUGUGCAGUCCGGGCUGGCAGUACGCGGUGGCAGCGGCACCGAUAGGGCGGAUAGAGCCACCUCCGAGCAGGUGCUGGAUCCCCGGACGCGCAUGAUUCUUCUGCAAAUGAUUAACCGCAACAUUGUUUCUGAAAUUCAUGGAUGUCUGUCAACCGGAAAAGAGGCCAAUGUAUACCACGCCAUGCUACAGCCCGAGGACGAUUUCGACGCAGCGCCAAUCCACCGUGCUAUCAAAGUCUACAAGACGAGCAUUCUGGUUUUCAAGGACAGAGACAAGUACGUUACUGGAGAGUUCAGAUUCCGUUCAGGGUACAACAAGAGCAACAACCGAGCGAUGGUCAAGCUGUGGGCCGAGAAGGAAAUGCGCAACCUGCGGAGGAUAUACGCCGCUGGCAUUCCUUGCCCUGAGCCCAUCAACCUGCGACUCCAUGUUCUAGUUAUGGGCUUCGUCGGAAACUCUAAGGGCAUUGCUGCCCCACGCUUGAAAGAUGUUGACUUCAAUAUUUCCGACCCGGAAAGCAAAUGGCGUGAGCUCUAUAUCGACAUGCUAGGGUAUAUGCGUGUGAUGUACCAGACUUGUCACUUGGUCCAUGCUGACCUUAGCGAGUACAAUACUCUCUACCAUAACGAUAAAUUAUACGUUAUCGAUGUCAGUCAAAGUGUGGAGCACGAUCACCCGCGCAGUCUCGAAUUCCUGCGUAUGGAUAUAAAGAACGUCAGCGAUUUUUUCCGCCGGAAAGGCGUCCCAACCAUCUCCGAGCGGGUUAUUUUCGAGUUCAUCAUUUCUGCCGAAGGCCCGGCCACUGUGACGGAUGAACUGCGUGAUGCUGUAGAGAAGCUUUUCUCACUCGAACCCGAGGCUGCUGACGAGGUCGAUACUGCUGUCUUCCGUCAACAGUACAUUCCCCAGACACUAGAUCAAGUCUACGACUAUGAGCGUGAUGCGGAAAAGGUAAACGCUGGUGAAGGUGAUGAUCUUGUGUAUCGGGAUCUUCUAGCUCGGGAGAAACCCUCAGCUCCCCCGGACGACGAGGCCGAGACCGGCUCCGAAGUUAGCGGCGGCGUCUCUAUUGCAGAGUCUGGCUCUGAAGAUGAGGAAGAACGGGAUCCUUUCGAGAAGAAACCUCCGCGAGGAAAGCGUUUCGAGGACAAAGAGUCUAAAAAGGAGCAUAAGAACAAGGUAAAAGAGGAGAAGCGCGAGAAGCGGGCCAACAAGAUGCCGAAGCACCUGAAGAAGCGUCUCGUCUCGUCGUCCUCUAGGAAGCGCAAGUGAGCAACUGGACCUUAUCACUCAAUCCAUGCAUCUUGACCGUGCGUCAACUCUGUCUCUCAGCUGCGUCUGGUCCCAUACAGGUGACAUUCGCAUCUCAAGCACAUGAACCGCUACACUACCCCAAACAAGUAGAUCGGUUCCCCAUUCGGCGCAUGCCAUCAGUCCCCGGCAGAGGACAAUAGCGCCCUCGACGCUUGUCUAGGCGCCCGCAAAAUAUAUUAGAUCUCAAGAUCUCCAGUUUAGAGCCACAAAAACUAAAUCAGCCAUAGAAGG